GGAGUUUGCGGCAGGGUUCAAGAAGACCAUGGCAUUCCAGCCUCGAGUGAUCAAGCAGAACCGUGGCUCAUCAGGUGAAGGAAUCUGGAUUAUCAAGCUCAAGGAGGGCAACUACUGCGCUUCUUAUGGCGAGAGAUCCUGCGAGGAUGGUGAGAAGCUUUUGCUGAUGGAGGCCAAUGACAACCACGAGGAAGAACACACCGUGGCUGAGUUUAUCGAAUUCUGCGUGAACGGUCGAACUUCCAAGUCCGGUGAAUGGACAUCCAAGGGUGUUGGCAAGUACUUGGAGGGUGGCAAGGAGGCCGGCGGCCAGCUUGUGGAUCAGCGUUUCUGCCCUCGUAUUGUGGAAGGUGAGCUCCGAUACAACCUGGUGGGAGAUGCUUUGGUUGGCAUCAUUCACAAGAAGCCCAAGGAGGGAGGAAUCUCCGCAGUUGGUGGAACUGGUUCCGUCUACACCUAUUAUGGUCCAGAGGAACCACUCUUUGCCGCUCUCACCAACAACUUCUUGAAGAAGGACUUGCAGCACGUCAUGCCAUCUCUUGAGUUGGCAGAUGAGCCUUUGCCGCUGUGGUGGACCACUGACUUCAUCAAUUCUUCUCCACCUGGAACUAAACCUGAGGAUGAGAAGUGGAUCGUUGGUGAGUUCAACUGCUCCUGCGUUGGGAUCAGCCGCUGCUUGGCUGCCUACUGCAAGGACGACACCCCCACUGCCGGCUGGGAUGACAUCACUGAGGAAGACAAGGCAGAAGCCAAGAGAUAUGGAGAUCUUAUGGGGGAGAAGGCCCUGGGCAUUCUGUCCAAGAAGUGAGGACAACAUAGACUCUUGUAGCAGCUCUUUCAACAACAAGGCUGCCUCAUUGAUUCAUUGUGAUUCAUUGAUUGCUUUUGGCGCAGAAUUGCGCCCGCUCCCUUUGCAUGUUUCCAGAGGAAACAUUUGACAUAGCGGCAUUGGUCGCUGCUGGAAACGUGCCAGCUGAUUGUACCUCUAUCUAUACGCAUUCAAUCGACUGACAGAG